CGUCAUUCAGUCGUAUCGUGCCCUGACAAAUUACGCAAUGUCUAACAACUGAUGUAAAACAUAAGCAAUUUUACCUAACAGUUGACUAAAUUCCGUGUGUACACACGCUCCGAUCGACCCAGCGAGGCACUUCAUCCAGCGCUGACCACUUCGAGAUGCUGCGCACGACGGCGACGAUGGGAAUCAUGGCGGCGGUGGCCGUGAAAGCGGCUGCCGAGCCCCAAAAACCCGCCUCCAGUGCGGCUGAUUGCAGCCUGGUGUGCCGGCCCAGCGAACUGCCUAUCUACGGCAGUCUGCGCAAGACAGAACCCAAGCCAGAGCGGCAUCCUCCACAGGAUUCGGUGCUGCACAAGAACAUUGAAGCCGGAGUACGUUUCGUCCGCGAGGAGGUCCAGUCUGGCUACAAGGCUGUGGCCGACCAGGCCGGCAUUGUGGGACAUUACGUGGAAACGGCCAAGGCUCACACGCAGCACACCAUCGACCUCCUCAACGAGCCCCAGAACUCGCUGCACCGCAGCGGAGCCAUCGUGGUGGGCGGCCUUGCCGGAUUCAUCUUCGCCGCCCGCGGAGGCUUCAUCAAGAAGGUGGUGUACACCGGCAUCGGAGCCGGAGCGGUGGCCUCCCUCUGCUAUCCCCGCCAGGCGGAGGAGAACUGCCGCGUGGUGCUGUACGAGGGCCGCAAGAUCUUCGCCGUGGCCUACAACUUCAUCAAGGGCGUCAAGCCCGGCGAGGAGGUGGCCAUCGAGCCCAUCCAAAAGUUCCCCACAUCGCUGGAGGACCUCAAGUAUUUGGCCGGUGACUUGUACGAUGAGGCCAAGGACCUGAUCUUCCCCAAGAAGAAGUAGGCGAGCCCCCGAAAAAACCUCCAUCCGGCCGUGAAGUGUGCAUCGAUUUAAGUUCAGUGAAGCUUGGAUUCUUUCCGAUUAUGUGAUCAAGCUGGAAGUAGUUAUCUCUUUUCUUGUUGCCAGAAAUAAAUGGCCUCGCGUCGAAAAAGUGAAAA